GAAUAUUCCCCUGUGCUGCACAAUCCGCCAAGUGAUGGUCGUGUGAGGGAUGAGAACGUUAAAGCAGCCCUCGCAACAGCCCCUCGCUUUAUCGCAGAAUCUCUUAUCGCAAAUUGUAGGGAAACUUCCUUGCUUUGCUCUCACACAACCCUCUCCCCCCUCUUAAUAAGGCGCACAACAAUCUAAACCUCCCUCCACAUCCAACAAGCCAGAUCCCAGAUAUCCUUCGAACUCAGUCUGCCAAUCGUUCCCAAAGACCUCAAGCUUAACAAGUCCCAUUCACUCCUUACGAUUCCCUCUCAACGCAACUCAACUGAACGAAAAGAUGCCAGAUACUCCAGAAUGGAUAGCUUCACACAAGCAAUGGGAUGAAAAGACCGCCGAGAAUCUCACCGCACUUCUCGAAAAUGACACAAAAGUAAAAUUGGCCGGUAUUGAUGUCGAUGGGAUAUUGCGCGGAAAGCUCGUCUCCAAGAAGAAGUUUCUAGGUAUCGCGAAAGAAGGGUUUGGAUUCUGCUCAGUCAUCUUCGGUUGGGAUAUGCAUGACCAGACAUAUUUCAAAGAAUUGAAAAUCAGUAAUGCAGAAAACGGCUAUCAUGACAUUAUUGCGAUUCCAGAUUUGAGUAGUUUUAGAAGGAUACCUUGGGAAGAUAAUGUGCCAUUCUUUUUGAUUAGCUUUUAUGACCCGGACUCGGGAAAGCCGGUUUCUGCAUGCCCGAGAGGAUUGUUGAAGACUGCAGUGGAGAAGCUACAAGCCAAUGGUUUGGGUGCAAUGGCUGGAGCUGAAUAUGAGUUCUUCCAAUUCAAAGCGCCAGCGAGUAAUCCUCAUGCGCCAAUCUCGGAACGAAACACAUCUUCAACAGCAACUUUCUUACGAGAAAACCCAGUCGAUUCGUUGCCUUCGUUGACCGAGGGAAUGUUUGGAUACAGUUUAACUAGACCAGUUCACAAUCAAGAUUAUUAUUAUGGGAUAUAUGAUGCAUGUGAGCAAUUCAACUGCGGAAUAGAAGGGUGGCAUACAGAGAGUGGACCUGGUGUUUUUGAGGCAGCUUUGGCAUUUGGGGAAAUCCAACAAAUGGCAGACAAAGCAAGCUUGUUCAAAUAUGUUGUUAAAUCAGUAGCGACGAAAUACGGCAUUACCCCAUGCUUUAUGGCCAAGCCACGUCAAGGGCUACCUGGCAAUAGUGGACACAUGCAUGUUUCGAUUGUCGAUAAAGAAGGCAAGAAUCUCUUCUUCCGAGAAACCAAAGACACUGAAGCAAAAUGGAAGGAUAUUGAGAAUCUUUCGGAUAUGGGCCGUCAUUUCCUUGCUGGAGUAUUGGAAGGACUUCCAUAUGUCAUGCCACUCCUCGCACCAACCGUCAACUCUUACAAACGUCUAGUCGAAAACUUCUGGGCUCCAGUAACAGUAUCUUGGGGUCUUGAACAUCGUGCAGCUUCCGUCCGUCUAAUCGCACCUCCAACUUCCAAACCCGGGGCCACACGUUUCGAAAUCAGAGUGCCAGGUGCAGAUACGAAUCCAUUCUACGUACUAGCAGCUAUUCUAGCAUUAGGAUGGAGAGGAGUAGAAAAGAAAUUAGAAAUCCAACAGCCACCAUUAGGAAAAGGUCAAGAUGUAGGAGGAAAAGCAGACCCAGGUGUUAGAUUAGCGAAGAAUUUGAAAGAAGCCACUGAGAAAUUCAUGGAGAAGGAUAGUAUAGCGAGAGAAGUAUUCGGAGAUGAGUUUGUAGAGCAUUAUGGAGGUACGAGAGAACAUGAAAUUAGAUUGUGGGAUGAAGCAGUAACGGAUUGGGAGGUUAGAAGAUAUAUUGAGAGUGUCUGAUUCUUGGAUAAGUACUAUAUUAAAGAAAUAUGAAACCUUUAUUUUAAACGCCCGAGA